GGUUUUUGUGUGGGUCCUGGGUGAAGGGCCCGGGUGCCGGGGCCCGAGGUGCCGCCUCGCUAGCGGGAGAGGGAGCGGGAGCAGCGGCCCGGAGAGAGCUCUCAGGGCCAGAGUGGGGCAAGAGGAUGCUUUCCCAGCCUCACCAUGGAGCUACGCUGUGGGGGAUUGCUGUUCAGUUCUCGCUUUGAUUCAGGGAAUCUAGCCCAUGUGGAGAAAGUGGAGUCUGUGUCUAGUGAUGGGGAAGGAGCAGGAGGGGCACCAGCUCCCACUGGUGGCAUUGCUUCUUCCCCUGACUACGAGUUCAACGUGUGGACCCGGCCAGACUGUGCUGAAACAGAAUUUGAGAAUGGAAACAGGUCGUGGUUCUACUUCAGUGUCCGGGGAGGAACUCCAGGGAAACUCAUCAAGAUCAACAUUAUGAACAUGAACAAGCAAAGCAAGCUGUAUUCCCAGGGCAUGGCCCCUUUUGUGCGUACACUGCCCUCCCGGCCACGCUGGGAGCGCAUUCGAGACCGUCCCACAUUUGAGAUGACAGAGACCCAGUUUGUGUUAUCCUUUGUUCACCGUUUCGUGGAAGGCCGUGGGGCCACCACCUUCUUCGCCUUCUGCUACCCCUUCUCCUACAGUGACUGCCAGGAUUUGCUAAACCAGCUAGACCAGCGCUUUCCGGAGAAUCACUCUACCCAUAGCAGCCCCCUGGAUACUAUCUAUUACCACCGGGAGCUCCUUUGCUAUUCUCUGGAUGGACUUCGUGUAGAUCUGCUAACAGUCACUUCCUGCCAUGGGCUUCGAGAUGAUCGGGAGCCCCGUCUAGAGCAGCUAUUUCCUGAUAACAGCACCCCCCGACCAUUCCGUUUCACAGGCAAGAGGAUAUUCUUCUUAAGCAGUAGAGUACACCCUGGGGAGACACCAUCUAGCUUUGUCUUCAAUGGCUUUUUGGACUUCAUCCUCCGACCUGAUGACCCCCGAGCUCAAACCCUACGUCGUCUCUUUGUCUUUAAGCUAAUUCCUAUGUUGAAUCCCGAUGGUGUAGUCCGGGGCCACUACCGCACAGACUCACGUGGAGUGAAUCUGAACCGUCAAUACCUGAAGCCUGAUGCCAUCCUGCACCCAGCCAUCUAUGGGGCUAAAGCUGUGCUCCUCUACCACCAUGUGCACUCUCGUCUGAACUACCAGAGUCCCUCUGAGCGUGAGCCCAGUCCACGUCUCCUUCCUGAUAAUCCCCUUUCUGACCUCGAGAAAGCCAAUAAUCUCCACAAUGAAGCUCAUUUUGGGCAGUCAUCUGAUGGGGAAAACCCUGAGACCUGGAUUGAGACAGAGCCAGCAGAACAGAGGGCCAACAGUGUGUGGAUUAUGCCACAACAGUCUGCUGAGCUUGAGGAACCAGCCCCUGAUACCAUCCCCCCCAAAGAGAGUGGUGUUGCUUACUAUGUGGACCUGCAUGGACAUGCUUCCAAACGGGGUUGCUUCAUGUAUGGAAACAGCUUUAGUGAUGAGAGCACCCAGGUGGAAAACAUGCUAUAUCCAAAGCUCAUCUCCUUGAAUUCAGCCCACUUUGACUUCCAGGGCUGCAAUUUUUCAGAGAAGAACAUGUAUGCCCGAGACCGUAGAGAUGGCCAGUCCAAAGAGGGAAGCGGCCGUGUUGCAAUCUACAAAGCCUCAGGGAUAAUCCACAGCUACACACUUGAAUGCAACUACAACACUGGACGCUCAGUAAACAGCAUCCCUGCUGCCUGCCAUGACAAUGGGCGUGCCAGCCCCCCUCCCCCACCGGCUUUCCCCUCCAGAUACACUGUGGAACUAUUUGAGCAGGUGGGACGAGCUAUGGCCAUCGCAGCUCUGGACAUGGCAGAAUGUAAUCCGUGGCCCCGAAUUGUGCUGUCAGAGCACAGCAGCCUCACUAACCUGCGGGCCUGGAUGCUAAAGCAUGUGCGCAAUAGCCGAAGCCUGAGCAGCACUGUCAAUGUGGGUGUCAACAAGAAGAGAGGUUCUCGAACUCCUCCCAAGAGUAACAAUGGACUACCUGUUUCCUGCUCUGAAAAUGCCUUGAGCCGGGCUCGAAGUUUUAGCACUGGUACAAGUGCUGGCGGUAGCAACAGCAGCCAACAAAAUUCUCCACAGAUGAAGAACUCUCCCAGCUUUCCUUUCCAUGGCAGUCGGCCUGCAGGGCUGCCAGGUCUGGGCUCUAGCACCCAAAAGCUCAGCCACCGGGUGCUGGGCCCUGUCAGAGAGCCCCGGAGCCAGGACAGGAGGCGGCGGCAGCAGCAGCAGCCACUGAACCAUCGCCCUCCUGCAAGCAGCCUGAUCUCCCCUCCAACUCCUGCUAGUUCUGGCACAGCCUCCUCACGCAACCUGAGCUCCUGCUUAUUGCCCAACUCACUCAGCAUAUCAGGAAGCGGUUGCUCACUUUUGUCUUCUGGGGACAAGCCGGAGACUGUCAUGGUGAUUGGGAAAGGCCUGCUAGGAACUAGCGCUCGGAUCCCCUGCAUCAGGACUCGGUUGCAGACCUGCCCGAGGAGAGUUUCCGCCAGGAGGGGUCCCGGAUUCCCCAGGCUAGGCCCAGGUUGGGCCAGGGCUCACCGCCGACUGGCAGAGGGAUGAGAGGCUCUUCAAGCCCCACAUCCCUUAUUCCCCGGACCAGAGAGAGCAAUGAGUCGGAGCUGGGACCCCACUCUGCUACACCAGGGUGAGCACCGGAGUCCAGUCCCUCACCCCACCCCUUGUUUCUUCUAUCCUCUCAUCCCAGUUUCUGCCACUCAGAAUAAUUUUUCUCCCUUCCCUAUAUUCCUUUUGACCACAAAGACUAAAUGUACUUCAUUAAGAAUAUAGUCCCUGAUUUUUAUUAUACCAUGGCCUGAGUCUUCACUCCAAAAGACAAGAAAAGUACUACUAGUUAGGGCCUAAGGCCUAGGAGCUAGCUAGCUGGUUCUAGCAUCAGACUUCUGCCUAUCUCUCCCCAUCUUCAACUCUCUCCCCUUUCACCUGUUAGCCCCUGGCUAACAUCAGAAAAGGGGCUGGUUGCACAACCCUGAUUCCUCUCUCUUCUCUGUUGCAGGCUGCCUCAGGCUGGCCCCCCACGGCCCCGCUCUGCCCCUGCCUUUUCUCCUAUCUCCUGUACUCUAUCUGACUCCCCAUCCCGGAUUUGUUACAGCGG